GAGACAGUCAGAGGCGGUCAGUCAGUCCAGCAGAAGUGCCACAUAAUCAAACAAAAGUCAGCAACCAGACCAUGCCAGCAACAAAGCAAUAUUUCUAUUAUCGAGUCUCAAAGGCAGGUUUAGUCCUCUGGUCAUGGCUAAAGACCCGUUGGCAGAGGCUGGUCUUCAUUUUGAUGAACUCAAUAAACUGCGAGUACUCGAGCCUGAUGUGAGUCAGAAAACCAUUGAGCUCAAAGAGGAAUGUGAGGAAUUUGUUGACAAGAUCGGUCAGUUUCAGAAAAUUGUAGGUGGACUUAUUGAACUUGUGGAUGAGCUAGCAAAGGAAGCUGAAAAUGAAAAAAUGAAGGCUAUAGGUGCAAGAAAUCUGCUGAAAUCAGUUGAAAAGCAACGGGAGGCUCAGCAGCAACAGCUUCAGGCUCUGAUUGCAGAAAAGAAAAUGCAGUUGGAAAGAUAUCGAAUAGAAUAUGAAGCUCUUCAAAAAGUCGAAGCAGAGCAGAAUGAAUUCAUCGAUCAGUUUAUACUGCAGAAAUAAGAAUGCUGUGUUUCCUCUUUCUGUUGGACAAGAACAGUGAUGCUAUGCAUCUUGAUUUAGAGUGACUUCCUAAUAUGUGCAGGGUCCCUAACUAGGUUAACUGUAUUGACCAGUUAAUAGGUGACAACAGACGUCUGUUUCAGCCUCAACCUCUAACUCUAGUGUUAACAUUGAGUGCUUUUGCAUGGCCAGUUCAAGGAGGCACACACUUGUAAUCUUUCCAACCACAGAUCAUAAUCUCAGAUGAAUACUAUUUAUAUACAAGUUAUUUAUACUAUUUAUAUGGAAAUUCGUUUGUAAAUCGGAUCUUUUUUACAGCAGGAAAAUACAGUAUUUGCAUGUUACUGUAAAUAAUUCCAUCAUGAGACAUCAUCAGGUAAAAUGUUUAUUUUCUGUAUGAUUUGUAUUUUAACUUGCUGUUUGUGACUUGAACUCGUCCGGUUUUAUUUUCGCAUAUGCUCAUGGGACCACAACCAAAAUAUUUUCCGUAAGUUAUGGAAAACAUAAUUCACUUAUUGUUUGUUUACAUUUACCAUUUGGAUCAUCAAGUGCGUAAUCUCAAUAUUUGACAAACUUCAUACCAUUUUGAAGAACAUUUGAAUAAAAAUAUAUUUUGCAUUUA